UUCCAUAACCAAUAGAACAAUUUCCCAUCAGGACUUGGUUCCAUUUAUUUUCCACCCCAGCAGUACAGAGGCUUCGUGGAACUAUCGACCCGUUUGUCCUGACUCAGCGACCAUGCUCGGAUUAAUCACCUUGUUACUGACUUAAAGGACUGAACUGUUUCCUGUCCAAACUGACACUUUCUCUUGGCGUAGAAAAUAGCAGCGCCGGUGUGGACUGAAAUACUCCCUCAAGCGCCAUUUACAAACAAUGUGUAGAUGAGGCCCCGAUCAAUGUCAGUUGAUCUUUGACCGUUUUCUCAGAAAGUGCCAAUCUUUUACUCUCUGGAUUUCUACCAUCCCCACUCUCGCAGAGGCUCCAUUUUUGGGACCAGGCAGCAGGUUUUUAUUUUAUUUUUAAUUUAAGCGCUAAAACAUGGACCUUCGUCUGACACUCCUGUUGAUCUGUCUCUGCAGAGUUACAAAUUCUGAGGUGUUAGAAGACGGUCUUGUCCCGACAACCACCUUGCCAUCACAGGUAACAGAAACUGAGAGUCCAUUACCGCCAGCCGUCGCGACAGAAGAACCCACAAUAGAAAGUGUAAGCCCGACAAAUGGGGUCCCUUUGGAGGACAAGCCUGCCGACCAAUGUGGGCAUGCUGGCGGACGAACGGUGGCAGCGUUCAUCCAGGACCUGGGCAUCAAACUGCUGCAGACCCUCAAGGCGACGCCGGAGCAGCCCAACAUCAUCAUUUCUCCUCUCAGUAUAUCGCUAGCUCUGUCCCAGCUCUCCCUCGGGGCAGCCAAUGAGACAGAAGACCUGCUGAUGCAUCAUCUCCACAGAAACACUUUGCCUUGCUACCACACGUCGAUGCAUGAAAUCCUCGAGCGCCUCAAAGAAAACGACAUGCACAUCGCCGCUCGCAUUUUCCUGCGCGAAGGUUUCACGCCCAAGCAGGAGUUCAUUGAUGAAUCCGUCAAGUUUUACAACUCUGAGCCGGCCAUCCUGGAGGGUCUGAAGCAGAUCAACGAGUGGGUGGAGAAGGAAACCAACGGAAAACUCACCGACUUUAUGACUUCCCUGCCCCCUGAUAUGGUUUUGAUGCUCAUCAACGCAAUCCAUUUCAAAGGAGAAUGGCAAGCGCGUUUCGACCCACGCUCCACCUCCAAAGGAGUCUUCUACCUUGACGACAGCCACAUGGUGGAGGUGGACAUGAUGGACAAUGGGAAACAUCCGUUGGGAUUGGUCAUUGAUACUGAACUGCAGGCUCAGGUGGCCAGAUUUCCCUUCGUGAACAACAUGAGCUUGCUGGCCAUCAUGCCCUUCACCGGACCCUUGAACGUGUCCAUCCUUUCUGCCAAUCUCAAUUUUUCGAGUCUUUAUGAACGCAUGCCCAAAGAGAGGGACGCUCAUGUCAAAGUCCCUAAAUUCAAGCUGGAAUACAGUCAGGAGCUGCAGGAGGCUCUGACCAAACUUGGCCUUGGAGACGUGUUUGCCAACCCCAACCUGGCGAACAUGGCGGACGGUCCGCUCCUGGUGUCCGGGGUGCAACAUAAAUCGAGCAUGGAGAUAAACGAGGAGGGAACCGAAGCGGCUGGAACCACCUCAGUCAUCAUUUCGCGAGCUUCCCACCCCAAUUUCUACCUGAACGAACCUUUCAUGUUCGCCAUCAUGGAUGACAAUAGUCAAGUGCCCAUUUUCCUGGGUGUCAUCAACAACCCCAAUCCUGAAGGUAAAGUCUGGGUGAAACAAGAGAAAGAUAAAAUGGACGCUUCAAAAGAAUCUCAUGGAAGUCCACCAAAGUAAAAAUGGAACUGCUGCGGUGCUGUUUAGAAAGUACAGCGUGAGCUUGCAAUAUACCUGAGCCGGUCCAUUUAUAUAUAUGAGAAUGUGUUUCAUUGGGAAAAAAAAUGGAUGGAAAAAUUCUAGAAUCCUUGUAAAUGCGCUGAACACGUCACUUGAUUUCAUUGGUGUUUUAAGGUUGACACAGAAAAUCUUGACCCCUGUAAGAGUUUUGGAAUACAACCUGAUGUGACAGUCAACUGCUUUCAUACCUCCCUGUUCUUCAUGUGAUUCCAAACAUAAUCUGACGAAUAAAAGAUGCUGAUUUGAAGAA